AUGGCAUACGGACAGUGGGUCUACAUCAUCAUCCAGAGCAAGAUUGCUUCUGGUGAGAUCUCUCUCAAAAAUGUCAGCCUCAAUUGGGGAAAAUUCUAUCAGUGGGAUAACAAGGAUCAAGAGAUCUCGACCGACGAUGUCCAGAAAGUCGUCAUCCCAUCCAACAAGUCGGCCGGUGUUGCCUCUUGCGGCAGAUCUGACGCGUCUUCUGGAACCGAGGGCUCGUUUGACCUCUAUGAUGGCGACAACAAAAUCUGCAACAUCUACUGGGACUGCCCUUGGGGCAGCAAGACCAACACUUUCACUGUCGGCUCUGUUGAUGAUGACUACAUGGUCCAGGCCACCGGCGCCAACUUGGAUAGUGGUGCUAUUGGGACCGUCACGGUCAAGGUCGCUAAGUUCUAG